GACUCCAUUGUAAUUGAUCAGAUGAGAAUGUAGCGAAUCAUUCAUCAAACUGAAAGAGAAGCAUAGAUAUCAUCGAUCCUUUCACCUGAAUUUAGCUUCUUCAACCAUUUCCACUAUACAAAUCUCUCUCUGUCUCUCUCUCUCUCAUAACAAUGACGGCUAUUUCAAAUUCUUUGGCUCUAACGAGAAAUCCAGUAGGGACAGUUCAGCUUUCAGCUGGAUCAUUGGGAAAAAGUCUCCAGAAUGUUGGCCCUACCAAGUUGUCAUUCAGUUUGAAUUCUCCAGGAAAAGUGCAACUUACUACCUCCAGAAGGUCGCUCACUGUUAGAGCUGCAAGUGAUGAUGGAAGGCCAAGCAGUGGCAGUAUCUUUGUUGGUGGCUUUGUUUUGGGAGGACUUAUAGUUGGUGCUCUUGGAUGUGUAUAUGCACCUCAGAUUAGCAAGGCAUUAGCUGGUACUGACCGAAAAGAUCUUAUGAGGAAACUCCCUAAGUUCAUCUAUGAUGAAGAAAAGGCUCUGGAGAAAACCAGAAAGGUAUUAACUGAGAAGAUAGCGCAACUGAACUCUGCCAUUGAUGAUGUCUCUGCUCAGCUCCGAUCAGAUGACUCUCCAAAUGGAGUGGCAGUGAAUGAUGAAAUUGAAGCUGCUAUAUGACAUAGCCACUGAUUCUAUUACAGUAUAUUUCAUCUUACCCAGUAGGAAUUUCAUACAAAUAAAUAAUAUUCAAACUGAUUGUGAUGUCUUUUUUUCUAUUUUUCGUCUAUAGAGGACUAAUUUGCUCGAUUGUUUUCUGGUGGCUCAAGUGGGUACAUAUAGUGUUGACUUGUAUGCUGCAUAAUUUGAAUGUGCAUUACUUCCAUA